GAUAAUUCCAAUUUGUACAUGGUGUUAGAGUACGUGCCUGGUGGCGAGAUGUUCUCGCACCUGAGAAAGAUUGGCAGGUUUAGUGAACCCCACUCACGGUUCUACGCUGCCCAGAUUGUGCUAGCAUUUGAAUACCUCCACUACCUUGAUCUCAUAUACAGAGAUCUCAAGCCAGAGAACCUACUCAUAGACAGCCAAGGGUACCUCAAGGUAACCGACUUUGGGUUUGCCAAGCGGGUCAAGGGACGAACGUGGACGCUGUGUGGGACCCCAGAGUACUUGGCCCCUGAGAUCAUUCUUUCUAAGGGCUACAACAAGGCAGUGGAUUGGUGGGCACUUGGCGUUCUGGUCUAUGAGAUGGCCGCUGGAUAUCCUCCAUUCUUCGCCGACCAGCCUAUCCAAAUAUACGAAAAAAUCGUCUCUGGAAGGGUGCGGUUCCCAGGUCACUUUUCAUCUGAUCUGAAGGACCUACUGAGGAACCUUCUGCAGGUGGACCUGACCAAGCGGUACGGAAACUUGAAGAAUGCUGUCAAUGACAUCAAGAAUCACAAGUGGUUCUCAUCAACAGAUUGGAUUGCUGUAUACCAGAGGAAGAUUGAAGCUCCAUUUAUCCCCAAAUGCAAAGGGCCUGGAGACACCAGCAACUUUGACGACUAUGAAGAGGAGGCCCUCCGUAUCUCCUCCACAGAAAAAUGUGCCAAGGAGUUUGCUGAGUUUUAGAGGCCUUUUGCAGUGUCUAGAGGCUAAGCUGACUCCCUGUGUCUGUGUACAAGUUUAGUACUCCCCUCCAGAGACCCCAGUGCUUGUGCAUUGUUGUAUACAUAGGCUGUGUGUGCACCAUUAUGUGUGCCACACAGCCAGGCCUCAGGCAAGCAGUGGGCUAAGCAAAUGCAGCAGGUGCUCAGUUGUGGGAGAUGCUGCUGUGUACUUGGUGGCUCACACACAUGCAGACAGUGCCAGAGCCCAGGCUGUGAUGGCAUGAGUGCCAAGGAGCAGUAUGGUGGGUGGUGAGGUGAAAGGUGCCACUGAGAAUAGGCUUAUCUUUAGUGUCACUUGAAAUCAGCUUGAUGGAAUAUAACAUAAAUUCGUUUUACUGAUAAUUUCCAAGGGAGAAACUCCUCAGUCUUAUGAUAUGCAUCACUUGAUUAAUAUGUUGAACAAGUUGACAGCAAGUAACAUUAGAGAUACAUUUGCCUUUGUGUAGAAAAAUGCCACCUCAGGAAGAUGCCAGACAGAGGCUGUCAAGCGAUGGCGGAGUGAGAGAAUGGCCUAAGUGUGGUGGUGGGAGCAAGUGCCAUUUUUAGCAAAUAAGGUGGCGUACGUGAAUAGGUGUGCCGCUGCUAGCCAGCCACUUGGGGUCCGGGAGCUAACCUAGUCAUGUGGUGAGUGGGGGUUGACGGACUUGCCGGGAAGAACAUCAGUAUAACAGGAGACGUUCAGGCGGCUCGGAGGCAAGAGUGAGUUGAAAAGUUACUCAUGCUUGAAAAGUUAUGUCAUCUUUAAACGAGACGGAGAGGAAGGUCUCAUUUUAUGGUCAAGGUGAAUUAUACGCAUGGCAAGAGUAAGAAUAAAAGGACUGGACUCAGAUUUUGGUAAAAGAAAAGGGAACGAGCCAUUUUAAGUGAGGAAAAGGAUGUUUCGCAUGAUGGAAAGUGCUGCAAAAUUAAUGAAAUCAAAACAUAUCCUUGAUCUUUAGUAAUGCUAAGAUUGAAAUAUUUACGAAGGAGCACCUGCCAGAACAAGGAGUAAGUCUUCAACCCGGGCUAACUCCUCCGCCGGUCUCCUGGAGUCUCCCUAUUGGCCGUCAUCAGAAUCGACUGCAGCUUCGUUUACUACACACGGUCGAUGCCCCAGAUUAACUAUGCCAAAAUGCAGCCGACUCUCAUCACACACUUUGUAGAUUACAUAGUACACUUAUAUGGGUUCAACAGAGUUUUUAUGAUUUAAUACAAGAAUGACAAAUGGCUAGAUUUCCCCAAGUUGCAUGUAUGUAGGUAUGUAUCAAAGUUAAUAACAUAAAAAAAAUAUGUCCAUGUGUGCAAAGUUGUAGAAUACUUAUGUGUUGGAUUAGUGUUUCUAUGCGAUUCACAUUGAUGUGAUAAAUUUGAAUGAUGUGUGAUGGCUUCUUUUCAUCCAUUUCAAAAUGAAAAACUAGUUACCGGUAGGCAUGUAAAAAUUAGAUUUUGUGAACUAAUCUUUUCUUUUAACUGCCAGUGGGAAUGAAUGGUUAUUAAUUGCCUAAUUCUGAGAGCAAAUAUUUUUCUUCUCUUCCUCCUUGUGAAGUCUCAAGCUAUAUAAUACUGUACGGCUCUGUGAGUCCUAAGGCACACUGUAAAAAAUAAUAUUACUUGUCUAUUUUCUUGCAUUUUAGAGUCUAUUGUAAUGAUUAUGAUAAUUAUUAUUAGUUUGUGUUGUUAUGGUCUGGCGCUCGAUUUACGUAUCACACUAACCUUAGAGGAUUUAUGUUGAGUUUCCCAGAGAGCGUCUCAUUUCUUUUUAGUGCAAUAUUUUGAUGAUGAAAGUGAGAAAGAUGCCCUGUGUCACUGUACUUUGCAAUGUUACAAGAAUAUGCAGCUCCAAGGUUUUCUGUCUUUAUGUAUAUAUAUAAACCUCAGAUCACAUAGCUGGCAUCAUCAUUACCCAACUGACCCAAGUAUCUCCCGUACCGGAGGCACGACCCGAGUCGUGCAAUGGCCUUUAGACGGAAACUUUUUACAAGAAUUUGUGUUGAAAUUGUCGUUUCUGUUAGCAAGAGCAGUGUGUAAUUAGUAGUAGGAGUUCAGUACAUUGCCAGCCACGUAGGAAAGAUUUUUUCCUAAUGAAUUGGAGAUAGGAAGUUACUAUGUUUGUACAGUUAUGAAUUUACAUUCAGUAUGUUUUAUGUAAAAUUGCAUAUGUUAAUUCUCUGUGUAGAAUGGGUACAUGAAACAUAACCAUUGUAUACACAGUUUCUUAGGGGUGAUACUUAUUAUGAUAGGAUGGCCAUUUUUUUUUCUUUUUGGAUGGAACCAAAAACUGCUCAAUGGGAAGUUUUUGAUGUAUUAAUAUUCUGUCAAAAAUGUUUUGUGCCAGGCACUUCCGUUAACUGAUUUUUUGCCAUAAUAACUUCCAUCGUUGGUAAACUAUCACCAAGUGGGAGGAGCAGGGAUGGUGAUGGAGGUUAGUUCCUUUUUAUACUGUGAGGGCCUUUUAGCAAGUUAUGGUCAUAUGUUAUUUUAAUCAAGCUCCUCUGGGUGUGCUGGUACAUGUAGUUGGAAGUAAAGUAUUUUGUUUACCAGGUGAAGAACCUUAGCAGAUAAUUUUACAACAUUUUAUUGAACUGCUGACCUAUAGUAUUUAGAACAACAAUGACCUUUGAGUGAAAGUCUAGCUAUCUUUUUUCUUUUAUUUAAGUUACACUGAAAGGUCAUUCUCCUGGCACAGUUGGGAAUUAACAAUUCCAAGUCAGCAAUGGGUAAUGCAGACUGAUAGUUGGAUCAGAAACCCUAAGUAGCAGUAUCUUGUGAGUGUUUUUUACAGUAAUACAUGGUGCUCUGUAUUACUCUUUGUGAAGAGUUAAGUUAAUACCUCCUCACACUCAACUGGCUCCACACGGCCUUGUGUUGGGGGCAGAUGUUACCAUCAUUUAGUGACUGUAUGCAUCCCAGCUAGAGUAGAAAUAGUAAGAUAUUAACCCUGUCAAUACUACUUCCAAAUUUUAACAAAUCUCAGAACUAACUGUGAAUAAUUAUUUCAUUACUAUUUCCAAGUAUAUUAGAACAGCAACUUUAAAUCAACAUUUUGUUGCUAGUCUAUGAGUUUGACAAAUAAUACCUGAAACAUUACAGGUGGUAUAAAGAUAUUCUUUGUACACUACUUGAGUUUAGAAAAGAACAAUAUUUAUUUUUCAUGAGCUUCAAGAUAUUUGAAGAAUAGAAUGAAUGUUAAUAUAGGUUAAUGUUAAUUCAAGAUUGGAACUCAAGAAGCAGCAGUAAAGACAAGCAAGCACAAACAAGGUUGUUUCCAUAGCAAACUAAGGCCAGGUCCUUGAAUAUUGCUGCUGUAUUGGCAUUAAGUGGAAAAAAAAUGCUGUUCCACCAAAGCUUGUCUGUUGGUUGGUCUUUUCCAUUUCGUCAGAAUACUGUUGAUUUUUCAUAGGACUUGUUUAUGAAAUUGUGAACGAACUGUGUAUUUCAAAACUCAACUUGCAUGUUUUUAUCUUUUGAGAAAUUGUUUUCUAAGCCAUAAUUGUUCAUGACUGCAGCUUUACUGGCAGAAGACUAUCACGGGGCUGUUUGCAUCAGUCAGUAGCAGGCAAAUGUUAUGCAAAUUUCCUCUUAACAUUUUUGUCAGUGAUUCUGACAGUUUGAUGAAGUUUUUAUAUUUUGUCUGGAAUUGUACAAAGAAAUUGGAACAAUUAUUAUACGAAAAGACUUUUUUUUUAGAUACAUUUUUCCAUAAGUUUACACGCUAAAUAUGACGAUACCGGUAAUCUGAUAGUUCCACUAACUGCAUCGUUUCAUUUAAAGUUUACUAGGAACACAAGUAGCCACAAACUGGUGCACCACAUACAGUUAGCUGCAGCAGCCACUGACUGGUGCAUCACAUACAGUUAGCUGCAGCAGCCACAAACUGGUGCAUCACAUACAGUUAGCUGCAGCAGCCACAAACUGGUGCAUCACAUACAGUUAGCUGCAGCAGCCACUGACUGGUGCAUCACAUACAGUUAGCUGCAGCAGCCACAAACUGGUACACCACAUACAGUUAGCUGCAGCAGCCACAAACUGGUGCAUCACAUACAGUUAGCUGCAGCAGCCACCAACUGGUGCAUCACAUACAGUUAGCUGCAGCAGCCACAGACUGGUGCAUCACAUACAGUUAGCUGCAGCAGCCACCAACUGGUGCAUCACAUACAGUUAGCUGCAGCAGCCACAGACUGGUGCAUCACAUACAGUUAGCUGCAGCAGCCACCAACUGGUGCAUCACAUACAGUUAGCUGCAGCAGCCACAGACUGGUGCAUCACAUACAGUUUGCUGCAGAAGCCACAGACUGGUGCAUCACAUACAGUUAGCUGCAGCAGCCACAAACUGGUGCAUCACAUACAGUUAGCUGCAGCAGCCACAAACUGGUGCAUCACAUACAGUUAACUGCAGCAGCCACAAACUGGUGCAUCACAUACAGUUAACUGCAGCAGCCACAGACUGGUGCAUCACAUACAGUUUGCUGCAGCAGCCACAGACUGGUGCAUCACAUACAGUUAGCUGCAGCAGCCACAGACUGGUGCAUCACAUACAGUUAGCUGCAGCAGCCACAGACUGGUGCAUCACAUACAGUUAGCUGCAGCAGCCACAGACUGGUGCAUCACAUACAGUUAGCUGCAGCAGCCACAGACUGGUGCAUCACAUACAGUUAGCUGCAACAACCACAGACUGGUGCAUCACAUACAGUUAGCUGCAACAGCCACAGACUGGUGCAUCACAUACAGUUUGCUGCAGCAGCCACAGACUGGUGCAUCACAUACAGUUUGCUGCAGCAGCCAUCAACUGGUACACUACAUAAAUACAUUCCGCACACUGAGUCAGACUUAACGUGGGCAUGUGAAUUUUCUUUCUUGUUACCUUUCAUAUGGUGUUUUCCUUGACUCACCUAGUGUACAACUGGAUGAAGCUCACGAUUUGACUUAUUGUGAGACGAAGCACUGAUGUGGGUAACUCGUGAAUAUUUUGAGGACAAUUUUUAAAAAUAUUGCAUUCGGCGAAUUGAUUACGGGCUCGUCACUGCUUAUUUUAGACUUCAUUGUAAGACAGAGAAUUAAUUUCAAGAUAAAUUGUUCCACUUGUCUCCAUGGAGGUUCAAACACGUGUUGCAAAAUUCACAUUUGCCCAAGUUGGCCUCUGCAAGCUGCGGUGAGAGGGAAUGGCAAUUGUUGAAGAAUUAUGGUAGUGGUGAUCAUUAUGAUGAUUCUUGAAGAGAAUGGGUAAACAAAACAGAUCGACGUGAGUUAGUGGGUUCCUCGAUGUUGAUUGUAUGAAUUCCUCCGCUCCCCAAACAAGCGACGUACGCAGGGUCCCCUUGAGAAGCCACAGAAAUAUCUUCUUGUGAAGGGCUAACUGAUGUGUGAUUUUAGCAUUGAUUCAUCAUCCCCUAAUGAUUGUUACUAUAUAUACAUCUCAGAACUGCUAGUAUCUAUUUUUCUUAAUCUCUAACGUGCAUUAGUAUGUCUGUGUGUGUAUGUGCCCUUAGGAAUAUGUUUGUAUGGAAACUGUGGUUGGGACCUUGUAUAGGAAGCUUAAACCAGACUCUAUAUCCCAAUUGAGUAUUUAAUCUAUGUUCAGUGUUCAUAGUCCGAUUGCAUUGAGUUCAUAUUUUGUGAUUUGUAGUUGCCAAUUUUGAAUAAGACGUUAAUAAAUGAAACAUGUACUAA